AUGGCGAAGAAAGGUAGAAUUUUCAGGUAUGCAGAUGGUGUGGACAAGUUAUUAUUGGUUUUGGGGACUCUGGGUAGCAUUGGAUAUGGGUUGAUGACACCGUUGAUGAUGCUGGUCCUCAGCCGUGUGAUCAAUGAAUACGGAGGCGGUACUUUCUUCAAUGACGUUGUGGACAAGUACUCACUCAGGCUGCUCUUUGUUGCAAUUGGAGUUGGAAUAUCUGCUUUCAUUGGAUUUGCAGAAGGAAUUUGUUGGACCGGAACUGCUGAGAGACAGGCAUCUCGCAUGAGAAUGGAAUACUUCAAAUCAGUCCUCAGGCAAGAAGUUGCCUUCUUUGACAAACAAGCUAAUUCUUCCAUGAUCUUCAAAGUCAUUUCUACUAUCUCUUCUGAUGCCCAUUUAAUCCAUGACACAAUAACCGAGAAGAUACCGAAUUGCCUGGCUCACCUCUCAUCAUUUAUCAUCUGCUUUUCAUUUGGAUUUGUACUUUCUUGGCGACUGGCAGUGGUUUCUCUUCCAUUCUCGCUCAUGUUUAUCAUUCCAGGAUUUGUAUUUCGGAAGGUACUCAAGGACUUGGGAGCUAAGAUAAAUGGUGCCUAUGGGGUCGUUGGAGGUAUUGCAGAACAAGCACUGUUCAACAUUGCUCUUGAAAAAAGUACACAACUUGGCAUAAAGCAAGGUUUCUCAAAGGGAUUACUGAUAGGGAGCAUGGGAAUGAUUCAUGCUGCUUGGGCUUUUCAGGCUUGGGUUGGUUGCAAACUUGUUACUGGGGAAGGAGAAAAAGGUGGCCAUGUUUUUAUUUCUGGAAUCUGUGUAAUUAUGGGAGGAUUGUAA